AUGUUCGUAAGAACUAAAAAAUUACAGAAAGAAGCCUAUUUGAAGGAAGCCAUAUUUGCCACAUGGAAUACUAUUACAUUUGAGAAAAUCCUUUACUUUAUAGACUCAAUGCCAGAACUUGUUAAA